CAGCAAAGGAAGCUCUGCCUUGAAUAAAGAGACAUUAGCAAUUAGAAAACAGUUUCUUAUAGCAUCAUUCAGGAGUGAGUUAGCUGAUAUCUGGAGGUAGUUCUGGAAUUCCAAUAGCAGGUAAGACAUUAUGAUGCCACGAGGAUUUGUUCUGUCAGUUAGUCUCAUGUUAUUACUGUUUAACUCCUGUACAACUAAUGUUCUAUAUACAUUGUACCCUACGUGACAUUAGACAGAAUGGCUUGGCUGUGACCAGUCUACUUGCCAUAUCUCUCUGGAUGUUUACUUGUUGCUAUACUGGAUUGUUAUGUAGUAACAAGAUUAUAACAUAAGAACAACACAUGCUUACAGAGACUGUUUCUGCCUGCCAUACUCUCUGAUGGCAGGGUGUAAUCCCCUAACUCUCUGAUUGCAGGGUGUAAUCAUACUAGUCUCUGAUGGCAGGGUGUAAUCAUACUAGUCUCUGAUGGCAGGGUGUAAUCCCAAUAUUAUCUGAUGGCAGGGUGUAAUCAUACUAGUCUUUGAUGGCAGGGUGUAAUCCCCUAACUCUCUGAUGGCAGGGUGUAACCAUACUAGUCUUUGAUGGCAGGGUGUAAUCCCCUAACUCUCUGAUGGCAGGGUGUAAUCAUACUAGUCUUUGAUGGCAGGGUGUAAUCCCCUAACUCUCUGAUGGCAGGGUGUAACCAUACUAGUCUUUGAUGGCAGGGUGUAAUCCCCUAACUCUCUGAUGGCAGGGUGUAAUCAUACUAGUCUUUGAUGGCAGGGUGUAAUCCCCUAACUCUCUGAUGGCAGGGUGUAAUCAUACUAGUCUUUGAUGGCAGGGUGUAAUCCCCUAACUCUCUGAUGGCAGGGUGUAAUCAUACUAGUCUCUGAUGGCAGGGUGUAAUCAUACUAGUCUCUGAUGGCAGGGUGCAAUCAUACUAGCCUCUGAUGGCAGGGUGUAAUCCCAAUAUUCUCUGAUGGCAGGGUGUAAUCCCACUAUUCUCUGAUGGCAGGGUGUAAUCCCACUAUUCUCUGAUGGCAGGGUGUAAUCAUACUAGUCUCUGAUGGCAGGGUGUAAUCAACUAUCUCUGAUGGCAGGGUGAAUCAUACUAGUCUCUGAUGGCAGGGUGUAAUCCCACUACUCUCUGAUGGCAGGGUGUAAUCAUACUAGUCUCUGAUGGCAGGGUGUAAUCAUACUAGUCUCUGAUGGCAGGGUGUAAUCAUACUAGUCUCUGAUGGCAGGGUGUAAUCAUACUAGUCUCUGAUGGCAGGGUGUAAUCCCAAUAUUCUCUGAUGGCAGGGUGUAAUCCCACUACUCUCUGAUGGCAGGGUGUAAUCAUACUAGUCUCUGAUGGCAGGGUGUAAUCAUACUAGUCUCUGAUGGCAGGGUGUAAUCAUACUAGUCUCUGAUGGCAGGGUGUAAUCACACUAGUCUCUGAUGGCAGGGUGUAAUCAUACUAGUCUCUGAUGGCAGGGUGUAAUCAUACUGGUCUCUGACGGCAGGGUGUAAUCCCACUGGUAUCUGAUGGCAGGGUGUAAUCAUACUAGUCUCUGAUGGCAGGGUGUAAUCAUACUGGUAUCUGAUGCAGGGUGUAAUCCCACUAGUCUCUGAUGGCAGGGUGUAAUCAUACUGGUCUCUGAUGGCAGGGUGUAAUCCUACUAGUCUCUGAUGGCAGGGUGUAAUCAUACUGGUCUCUGGUGGCAGGGUGUAAUCAUACUGGUAUCUGAUGGCAGGGUGUAAUCAUACUGGUCUCUGAUGGCAGGGUGUAAUCAUACUGGUAUCUGAUGGCAGGGUGUAAUCAUACUGGUCUCUGAUGGCAGGGUGUAAUCAUACUGGUCUCUGAUGGCAGGGUGUAAUCAUACUGGUCUCUGAUGGCAGGGUGUAAUCAUACUGGUAUCUGAUGGCAGGGUGUAAUCAUACUGGUCUCUGAUGGCAGGGUGUAAUCAUACUGGUAUCUGAUGGCAGGGUGUAAUCAUACUGGUCUCUGAUGGCAGGGUGUAAUCCUACUGGUCUCUGAUGGCAGGGUGUAAUCUUAUUGACAGGGACGAUGCAGGCACCAGACUGUGACCUGGCCAAGCAGAGGAAACAGCUGGUCCAGGAACUGUGCAUGGAGACACAAGGAGGUAUGGCAACCACCACAGUCCACCGAGGGAGUCACGACUCACGACGGGCUAUUGAAAAAGAAAGCCACAUUGCAUUGCAUUUCAUUGGAGAAUUCCAUUAUCUUUGGGUUCCCUUUCAAAUCCUAUUUGAUCCAGAAAAGUUAAUAUAUUCUAGCUCAACAGGGCAAACAGCAUUCCCUCUGAGCUCAACUGUGAGGGUCGUGAAUGAUCAGGGAGUGAGGGGAGUGAAGGGAGCGAGGACCCAAGUAAUGUAUAUCACUCCAGGGGAGGAAUAUCAUUAUGCCGAGGCGAGGGGUGACUCAUAGCAGCAGGAUGGGGCAGAACCAUGAAUCCCACAUACAUGACCUCAUAACAAGAACAGCAUGCCCCAGACUCCUCCAAGUGUCAGGUUUAAUGAUUACACAUGUCCAGCAAUCAAGCACCUUCCUGAAGUAACCAUCCUCAUUCAGGGUCUGAGAGUAGAACUCAAUGUGCCAGAAUAAGAUACUGUUACAAACAGUGAGAGGUUAGAGCCGGUUAGCCAUAUUCUAUUGAACACAGAAGACAUGGUUUUGCUUGCAAGGUAAAGAGGCCACUACAAUCAAGUCAAAAGACUCUGUGGAGGAUAUUAAUACUUUCGUCUGUGUUUAUCUCUCUACGUAUUUGAUUGUUCAUGUGUCAACACUAUCUACAUGUAUCAUGUAUCCGUCUCUGUGUUGCUAACACCUCAGAGCACUUUGACCUGGGGAAGAAGAUCAGCGUUCCUCAGGAUUUGAUGAUGGAAGAGCUCAACCUGCUGUCUAACAGAGGUUCCAGAAUGUACCAGGAGAGGCAGAAGAGGGUGGAGAGGUUCACCUUGGAGAACGUAGCACCAGACACUCACAGGUUGGGGCCCCUCAACCCCCAGCAGCCAGACCAUAGUAGUACACAUAACCAGGGAGCCUCACAAGGAGGGAAGAAUAAUUACCACACAGAGGUCUAUUUUGGACAACCAGGGAGAAACAGCCUAGUGAGAUCCCUGAAGAACACAAUAGCCAGUAAGGGAAACCCCAGUGUCCUGGCCCCAGGUAACUGAGUGUGAGAGAGUGUCUGUCUGUCUGUCUGUGUGAUGGAAGGGGACAGGGUAUUACCCCUACAAUAACAAUCCACCUCACCCCUCCCUCAAAGGUUACUCUGGGCCUCUGAAAGAAGUCCCUCAUGAGAGGUUCAACGUCACUGUGAUCCCCAAGUCCUACUGCUCCCCAUGGCUGGUUCAAGACCAGCACGGUGACAGUGACAAGCUGCUGACUGCCAUCUCCGCCCAUCUACCUGAGCUGCCACAGAAACUCACCCCAGCCAACUACAGGUGCUUCAACAGGUGACCCCACGCUACUGGCUCUAUAGGCUGCCCUUGAUCACUCCCUACACUCCCACACAGCUUGUGGUUGACUAAUCAAGGUGUGUGUUUUUGAGAAAUACUUAAGCAUCAACCUUUCAGUCCAGUCAACGAAAAUUCUAGGCCUCUGGUUUCCUCCUUGGCUGGCUUCUGAAACCUCUUUAUAAAAGGCUGCUGUCUGCUUGUGAAACCAGAAUCUGGCACUGGCUCACACCAGACUGGGCCACUGAGUCGUGUCUAUUUUAAAACACAGCGUCUGUAAGCUGAUGCCCACACCACAACUCUAGAAAAUACUCAAGACAGAUUUAUAUCAAGAUACAAGGGGGAAUCUGUCUGCAUCAUUCAACUUUUUGAGAUAAUCUACUCACACCAUGCUACCAUUACCACCCACCCACUAGAGGCUUUUUGAUCAGAGAGAAGCCAUAUUAUUUAAUCUGUGGUUAUACUUUCGAACUGCAGAUCCUGACACACCUUUAUUUCUCUAGGGCCCCAAUGCCAUUUGGGGGGACAGCAGGUAGUGUGAGGAUGUUCCCCCUGCCUGGUUUUGAGCUCCUGCAGGCCCAUACUGAACCUAGUCGGACCUGGGAGAGCAUGUGUGACCGGCCCAACUUCAACCGCACCCCAAGAGGUUGGGCUGCCCACUACACUGCUGAAAUGGAGACUUCAGACCUCUGAGACCAUGGCUGUGAUCGAGAGCAUCAGGGGUAACUUGUGACUGACUGAUCUACAAAUAAUAUUGAGUAGUUAUUUAUGAUGCAAGGUGAUUUGUUGAUCAGUCUCGACUCUCCUGUAAAGUCGGCUUCAAUGGCGAAAGCGCCCCAUGACAGCUUUAGAUGAUGACACAGAUGACCUCUUUACACUCUUAGAGACAUGAACGGCAAGUCCAACUAG